CAGGAUUUGGUACGUUUUGACGUACAGAACGUCUCCAAAGUUCAUGACAGUUCGUGGUGAUUCCGCGUACACCAAUUGUUCAUGAGCCGAUACUUUUCCGGCAACUUUUCCCAGGCGAACGGAGGUUUAAAAAAGAACACCGACGGAUACGUUUGUCCGAUCGCGAUUAAGGUGAGUUCCUUCAACACGAACCGAUUUUUAGGCUCCUUGAACCCUUGCACGUCGACGAUGUACUCCAUACUUGCGACUUGACGUGACAAGAGUUCGCAUCAAACUGACGAUUAUUUGCGGUACAUCGGUACAAGUUGCAAUAGUUCUCGAACGAUCGACAGAUAGGUAUGUCACGUCAAUAAUUCUCAAACAAUUGGCAGAAGGGUACGUUGCGUCUUCUUUUCACGUAACCUGACACCGGCUCGGAACUUCUCGCCUUGUUUACGCGACGAUGUCCACACCGCGAAUUGUCACCAGUGGUGCGAGGUCUGUCCUUUUUCGAUGUCCGCAUCGCUGCGAACAUUGAAGGUGUCGGCGAUCCUCUUUCAAUUUCAAAAUAUAAACAUCCCUUGGGAUUAUAUAAAGCGUGACGCCUAUUCAUGAAGCAUAUGCUACUCAGCACAUUAGGCGAUCAUGAUUGACCCAACCUACGUACGUAUUUGUCAUGGGCCGUAUAUCUCCAUCGAGUGGAAAGUGAUAGGAUUCGAAGCCGUACGAAUUAUCCUCAUGUUGGCAUCCGAGGAGGCUUUGAGAGAUGGAUCAACAGUGGUGGUCACCAUUAAUAACGUGAUGGCUGUCCCCGACCUGAUUGGAGACAAUAUAAUUUUGGAGCGGUGCCCUCCUCAGGAGGAGUGCUUUUUUUUGGUCAGUGAGUGUUUGUGUGUAUCUGUUAUCCGAGAAGAAAAGAUUUCGAGUGUCUUUCACAUAUUAUUGAAAUUUGUAUAUCUUUGCAGCCUCCUUAUGUAG